AUGGCUAAUAUACGACUAACAUCUGGCUCUGACACGGAAUUAAAAAUUCGACUUUCAGUAGACCUUCUUAGCAAUGUAGACACCAAUAAGCUUAAAGCUAUGAUUCACAAUGCCAAGCUCUACUCACAGAAGUAUCAACCUGUCUUCGUAAUGCUUGAGAAAACCCCAGAAGGCAUCGUAGUAACUGAAGAGCCAUUAAAGCCUCCAAAACCAAAAAAUGAAGCAAAACCCAAAAAGCAAUCUUCUGAUUUAGACGAAAGUCCAGUCAAAAAACACCAUCAUGGAGGUGGGGACAAACAGUAUAUUUGUCCAAUGGAGACCUGUGGGAGGAGGUUUAUGGAUAAUUCCAAGUUGUGUAGGCAUAUGCUUGUCCACACAGGGGAAAAAAAGCAUAGAUGCGAUUUUUGUGGGAAAAGAUUUUCGCUAGAUUUCAAUUUAAAAACACAUUUAAGAAUUCAUACAGGGGAAAAACCUUAUCAAUGCACAUACCCAGGGUGCAAAAAAAGAUUUAACCAGUCAAGUAACUUGACGGCACAUGAAAAGAAUCAUUAUAUUGAUGGAAAAGAAGAAAAACAAAGAAAACCUAGGACUUAUCAACCGGAAGUGGUUUCGUUACCUUCGAUACCGCAGAGCUCGUUUUCUAUGGAGGCUCAGCUUCCUAUGAUUUUUGAUUUUUCGUGUUUAAGUGCGGCACCAGCGUUACCUAAUAAUUAA